AUGGCUGCCCCUGAUGGUGCCUCCUCAAUCUCGGUUACCGUCCGCGUUCGACCUUUCACUAUCCGAGAGGCAGCUCAGAUAACGAAGACCGACGAUGGCCCUCUUUUCCUCGGCGAUGGAUCACUGGCAGGUGUGCCCACGCCAAAACUAAAUCAGAAGGGAAUACGGUCGAUUGUAAAGGUGAUUGACGAUCGAUGUCUCGUUUUUGAUCCUCCAGAGGACAACCCUGUCCAGAAGUUCUCCAGAAGCGUGGUGCCCCAGGGCAAACGCGUCAAAGACCAGACUUUUGCCUUCGACCGUAUCUUCGACCAAAAUGCCUCUCAGGGCGAGGUCUAUGAGUCAACAACCCGCAACCUUCUCGAUAGCGUCCUCGACGGUUAUAACGCGACAGUCUUUGCUUACGGUGCGACGGGAUGUGGAAAGACUCAUACUAUUACCGGAACAUCCCAACAGCCUGGUAUAAUUUUCAUGACUAUGCAAGAGCUGUUUGAGCGAAUUGAUGACCGAUCGAACGAAAAGGCGACUGAAAUAUCUCUUUCCUAUCUGGAAAUCUACAACGAAACCAUCCGCGACUUGCUCGUUCCAGGAGGCAGCAAGUCUGGUCUUAUGCUGCGUGAGGAUGUCAACCAAUCAGUCUCAGUACCUGGUUUGUCAAGCCACCAUCCUCAGAAUGUUCAGGAGGUUAUGGAUAUGAUCGUGCGUGGCAACGAAUGCCGUACCAUGUCCCCAACAGAAGCCAAUGCGACUUCCUCUCGAUCCCACGCCGUCCUUCAAAUCAACGUCGCCCAGAAGGAUCGAAACGCUGAUGUGAAUGAGCCUCAUACCAUGGCUACCCUGAGCAUUAUUGAUCUUGCCGGUAGUGAGCGAGCUAGUGCCACCAAAAACCGCGGCGACCGUCUUCUUGAGGGAGCCAACAUCAACAAGUCACUCCUGGCCCUGGGUAGCUGCAUUAACGCACUCUGCGAUCCUCGAAAACGGAACCACAUCCCCUACCGAAAUUCGAAACUAACCCGACUUCUCAAAUUUGCCCUCGGCGGAAACUGCAAGACUGUCAUGAUUGUUUGUGUCAGCCCUUCGAGUCAGCAUUUUGACGAAACUCAGAAUACAUUGCGAUAUGCCAACCGGGCAAAGAAUAUCCAAACCAAGGUUACUCGAAAUGUCUUCAACGUGAAUCGUCACGUUAAGGACUUCCUUGUCAAGAUUGAUGAACAAAUGAAAAUGAUCAAUGAGCUCAAGGCGCAGCAAAAGGACUACGAAAACGUCGCAUUUGCCAAAUUCAAGAAGCAGACUGAGAAGAAAGACGCUGUCAUGCGCGAGGGCGUUGCUCGGAUUCGCAAUGCAUACGAACAUGCUCAGCCAGAGAGACAAGAGAAGACCAACAAUAUGUUGAAGUUAAGACAGAUUAGCCGCAGGAUUGGUAUUCUGUCCUCCUGGAUUGCGGCGUUUGAUACUGUUUGCGCUGCGCGUGAUGAUGGGGAAGGCAUCGCCAGUUUGUAUGCCAUUCGCAAGAGCGCACAGGGUAUUCUCCUCGAGCUCGAAGGCAGCAGACAUCACUACAAUCAGCGACUAUCCAAGUGCUCUUGGGACCGUGGCAUGAACUCGGCCGUUGAGAAUGCGACCAAGCAGCUCCAGGGGUUUGAUAUUAGUGAUGCUAGCGAUUAUGCGAACUUGGAGAGAGAGGCUGAGCUUCUCCGAUCAAAUGCAGAGCGCGAGGCUCUGACUGCCGUUGUGGAGCAGGAUAAGGCUGGCGAAGCCAUUGCUGUGCAAUUACUGCUUCAGGCGCAAUUCGAGCUCAUGUCCUCCAUUGAAGAUAUUAUGCACCUUAACGCAACCGACGCCAUCCAGAGAGGUCGUUUAAUUCUUGGGAAGAUGUUGGAAACAUGCUCUAACGCUGCAUCCAACCUCGUGAAGCCCGACGGCAGCUUCCCUGCAUUGCCUCCAAGUCCUAUUAAGCCAGCUAGCCCGUCGAAGGCCAAGAAGAGGUUCAGCAUGGUGAGCAUGCCUCCGCCAAUGAAGACCCUUCAGCCUUCAAUCCAAAUUGCGCCAGCUCCCCCUGUUUCACCAAUGAAGGGCUCGCCUCGUCGUCGUCGGGCUGCACCCGGCCGCAAGAGCGUCAGCUUCUCACCUAAAAAAUCGCAGGCCAAGGCCACCAAAAGAUCAGUCCGCUGGAAGGAUGAUGAGGAAGAUGCCCCCUUAACCGAAUUCCAGAAGUCGCCCCAGAAGCCCGAGUCUACGGAUGAGUUUAGUUCUGAGGAAACUUCAGAGGAGACCUAUGAGCCCGCUCUUCCACGAUCAUCAUCUCCCAUUCCAUGCAAUAUUCGUCGAUCUGUUAGUCCAUCGGGCGAGCCAACUCUGAACAUUCAGAAGAACAACAGCCGAUUCAAGGCUGGCUUUCUGUCUAAGCCGCGAACUGAUAGCUCACCCUUGGCACCCCCUCCCACUGCCUCUUUUCCGCUUUACAACCGGAAUGUCUCCCCACUUCGUGAUAUUGAGGGCAGCAGUUUCUUGAAUCGUACCUUGCCGGAGCGACCUUCUCGUAUCGCUGUUCGGAGCCCGAGUGGGAAUUUUUUGAGCAGUCCAGUUACUGACAACAAAGUCGAAGCCAAAGACGUCUGGAAGACCGAUAAAGAGGAUGCAAUCAAGAUCAACUCUGCCAUGCGUCGUAUCUCCAGCGGACACUUUGGCCCAUCCGCGAACUCUCUUCGAAUCCAUCGUCGCCGAAGCCCCAGCUCUAACACAUAUGGUAGCUCUCCCAGCGAGGCCACGAUGUUCACCGCCUCCCAGGCCCGCCGUAUGGUCAAGAGCGAGCGGGAAGUUGAGACCAAACCCAGAGUGUUCAGUCCUCAUACACUGCCCGUGAUGAAGAACACAGGACGACGAACCACCUUGGGAGGAGAUGGUCGACCUCGACAUGGUAGUCUCUCAGGCCGUGAUGCCCUGCGACUCACCGCUAUGGCUACGCCUUCAAUUGGAAAUACCCAGGAAUGGAGCUCCAGUGGCCUGCGGUAG